AUGGCUACUCCGACUACCGCUACUGGCGGCUGUUUCUGCGGAAAUGUCCGCAUUGAAUAUAGCGGCCAACCCAUGACGUCGGGACUCUGCCACUGCCGUGACUGCCGGAAGCUCACCGGCUCUCUCUACUCAUACAAUUUGGUCGUCAAACGGACCGACCUGAAAAUAACCGGGAGCCCGAAAGAACUGCCCAAGAUAGCGGACAGCGGAAGACAUAUCAAGAACUAUUUCUGCGGAGAUUGCGGUGUGUCCAAUCCAGUCCUAUCCUACCCCCCCCCCCAACCCCCCCUUUUGGAAUUGGAAAGACGGAAGCCUGAAGCGGAAAUAUUCACCUGCGGACGUGUAAGCUGGUUGAGUCCUGUGGAAGGGACUGAUCAGUUUGUGGGCAUGGUGCCUCUGCCAUGA